AUGGAUAACGUGUGCGGAGUUCGAGCUCCAUAUACCCGAACAUCUCCGACCAAAGGUAUUCUUGGCAGUGCAACAGGCAGCGAAGACGAAAUCGAGGAUCAGUUCGAUCGCGAAGAAAGGGAGCGCAAAAAGCGUUUCGAAGGAUUUGGCCUCGUUGGGGCGAAGAAGAAGGACGAUGAAAGUGGUCCUACCGAAAAUCCCUACGAGUUGUCACGAAAGCCUGCUCUUCCUGUUUACCAGGUAAUCUUACUGUUUACUGCUUAG